AACCCUUGGAUCAAAAAGUAAUAUUUAUCCUAAUUAAUCAAAAAAGAAAUCAACCAAAUUUCCAUAAACAAAUAACAACUCAACAAGUAUGCUUUGGAACUGCCAUGAGUUGCAAGCAUUGUCAGAAGAGUUUGCAAUUAGUAUGUAUUUGAACUUAGUGUUCUUCGAAUAUUAUUUUACAAUUCGGUUCAUUUUGCUAUAUAUGCUCAUUGACUUUCUAAGUGAAGUAUUUGACUUUGUGUUAGAUUGUAAUUUAACUUAGUAGUGUUACUCAUUUUGAUUAUUACUAAGAAAUGUUUGGUUUUUUUAAGCAGCCGGCCAAUUAUUACACACAUACAAUGACAUAAACAGCAUUAUAUUAUAUAAUCAUAGCAUAGAUUAUAUACAAUUGAAGUUGUAAUAUAGAUACUAAUGAAUUAAUAUCAUAUCAAUUUUGUAAUUUGAGUCAUCCAAUGUUUCAAAUUUGUAAGUUUGCUUCCGUCUUCUGCUCUUUACAUUUUCUGAAUCUUUGGCUGUGCAACUGAGCUUGCUACUGAUGGCUCUUGAAAUUGUGAUUGGUGCUUUUCUCUCUGCUUCUUUCGACUUUUUGCUUGAGAAGAUAGCUUCUCCUUAUGUUGAGAAAGAGAGGCUUUUCAAGUUGAAGUCAACCUUCAAUACUCUUGCUGCUGUUCGGUUUGAAGUGGAGAACAAGAGAAUCGAAAACCCUGCUGUGGAGAAGUGGCUGGAUGAUCUUCUCGAUGCUGUCGAUGAUGCUGAGGACUUCUUUGGCGAUAUUGAAUACGAUGCUAUGAAACCCAACAAUUCUGAUGAGUCACGGAAAGCUUGAGGAAAGGCAAGUAAGUUUCUCUAAUCCUCUUCGUAUGGCUGAAUUAUCUAAUUCAAUUGGUGAACUAAAACAUCUUCACUAUUUGGUGGCGUUUGGUUGGAGGUAAUGAAAUGGAAUGGAAUGGAAAGGAAACAAUUUUCAUUCCAUUCCUUUGUUUGGUUACAUUUUAAAGUAUUGGAAUGACAUUCCAAUGGAAUGCUCUUUCCACCAUUUUGGUGGAAUGGCUAUUCCAUUUUAAAAAGAAAGGAAUGACCAUUCCAAUGUAACAAGAAAAAAAAAUUAAUGAUUUUUUUGUCAAUUUUUUUUUAUGCAUUUUAAAUAUUAUUCCAUUCCAUUCCUAUUCCUAUUCCCAUUCCCAUUCCUAUUCCUAU